AUGUCCAUUCUUAAUAACAGAAAGGGAUGGUGCGAAAAUGCAACCUUCGGAAACAAUGAUGGAAACUACCAACUGACUGCCCGGAUCCCGUGCGAGUGUGCGGCUUCCAGGAUGACCGUCGAUAGCCUGAGGAAAGCUGGAGACGUUCUCCGCAAUCCACGAGCGCCCGGGAGGUCGGAGGAGGUCAAGUCAGGCCUCUCGACGACCCGAGCAAUAGGAAAAGGAAGGCACGAAAACAAAAACCAUAAGAAAUGUAGAUAUGG